AUGUCGGGACCGAGCGCCGUGUCGGAUCCCCAGCACCCGGCGCGGCUGCUGCGGGCCCUCAGCUCCUUCCGAGAGGAGAGCCGCUUCUGCGACGCGCACCUGGUGCUGGAAGGCGAGGAGAUCCCGGUGCAGAAGAACAUCCUGGCGGCCGCCAGUCCCUACAUCAGGACGAAGUUGAAUUAUAAUCCUCCAAAGGAUGAUGGCUCAACAUACAAGAUUGAACUUGAAGGGAUAUCUGUUGAUAUCAUGAAAGAGAUACUAGAUUACAUCUUCAGUGGACAGAUCAGGCUAAAUGAAGAAACUAUCCAAGAUGUGGUACAGGCAGCUGAUCUCCUGCUGCUUACAGACUUAAAAACUCUCUGCUGUGAGUUUUUAGAAGGUUGCAUAGCUGCUGAGAACUGUAUUGGUAUUCGGGACUUUGCACUGCACUAUUGUUUGCAUCAUGUUCACUACCUUGCCUCAGAGUAUCUGGAAACUCAUUUUCGAGAUGUCAGCAGCACAGAGGAAUUCUUGGAACUGACUCCUCAAAAACUGAAAGAAGUGCUGUCGAUGGAAAAGCUCAAUGUUGGAAAUGAAAGAUACGUCUUUGAAGCAGUGAUUAGGUGGAUUUCUCACGAUUCAGAAUCGAGAAAGGUUCACAUGAAGGAUGUCAUGUCAGCAGUGUGGGUCUCAGGCUUGGAUGCUGCGUAUUUACGUGAGCAGAUGAUGAGCGAACCACUGGUACGGGAGAUUGUAAAAGAAUGCAACAACAUCCCACUCACACCACCUCAGCAGGGAGAGGCCAUGCUGGCCUCCUUCAAGCCCCGUGGCUACUCAGAGUGCAUCGUGACUGUCGGUGGGGAAGAAAGAGUAUCCCGGAAACCAACCUCAGUGAUGCGGUGUAUGUGUCCUCUUUAUGAUCCCAAUAGACAGCUCUGGAUUGAACUUGCUCCUAUGAGUAUUCCAAGGAUCAAUCAUGGAGUGUUGUCAGCAGAGGGAUUUUUAUUUGUGCUCGGUGGUCAGGAUGAAAACAAGGGAACGCUGAGCUCUGGAGAGAAAUACGAUCCAGACACCAAUUCCUGGAGUUCCUUGCCACCGAUGAAUGAGGCACGACAUAAUUUUGGUGUGGUGGAGAUUGAUGGAAUUCUGUAUAUUCUGGGAGGCGAGGAUGGUGAAAGGGAACUGAUCUCUAUGGAGAGCUAUGAUAUUUAUAACCGUACCUGGACCAAGCAGCCAGACUUGACUAUGGUUAGAAAGAUUGGCUGCUAUGCAGCUAUGAAGAAGAAAAUCUAUGCAAUGGGUGGAGGCUCCUAUGGAAAGCUCUUUGAGUCUGUUGAGUGUUACGACCCCAGGACUCAACAGUGGACGGCCAUCUGUCCUCUGAAAGAGAGAAGGUUUGGGGCAGUGGCCUGUGGAGUUGCCUCUGAGCUUUAUGUGUUUGGUGGGGUCAGGAGUCGUGAUGACAGCCAAGCCAGCGAGAUGGUGACGUGUAAAUCUGAGUUUUAUCAUGAUGAAUUUAAAAGGUGGAUUUAUCUAAAUGACCAGAACCUAUGCAUCCCAACUAGCUCUUCUUUUGUGUAUGGAGCUGUGCCUAUUGGAGCCAGCAUUUACGUGAUUGGAGAUCUUGAUACAGGUACGAAUUACGACUACGUUAGGGAGUUUAAGAGAAGCACGGGGACGUGGCAGCGCACCAAGCCGCUUUUCCCGUCGGACCUUCGCCGUACUGGCUGUGCAGCCUUGAGGAUUGCAAACUGCAAGCUCUUCCGACUGCAGCUCCAGCAGGGCUUGUUCCGCAUCCGCGUUCCUUCCCCGUGAUCCGUGUGCUGGCAGUGGAGGAGACUGGAAGAGUUCUGCGCAGUCCACCAUAUGUAGCUCUAUAUAAAGGAAAAGCUGAGAAAUUACAACUGAAACUUACACUGUAUGCUGUGCUUUGGUAUGGUAACUGUUUUUGUUUUAAAUGCUUAAAAAGCUUGAGUCUCAGUUCUUGUUUCGGGAACAAAUAACUUACGUAAACAUUAAAAAGAAGAGGGGGAAAACGAGGGGGGAUCGAGGAAACACCUUCAGUCGUAACCAUUUGGACUUUACAGUGUGUUAUUGAAGGAGAUCUGCUGUGUCUGGAACUGGUGGGAGCUGGUAUUCCUUUGGUGAAGUUUAUUGGAAAGAGAGAAAGAUUUAAGGUGCGUUUCCCUUGGGGGGAACCGAUAAGAAUAAAUGUGCUAUCUUGCACCAGAUAGCUCUAAUAUGCAGAAUAUUAUGAAAACUAUAUGAAAACCAACCUCCCUGGUGUACUGCAAAGACUGCUGUUUGACUGUGAUGCCACAGGAGGCGUUGGUUGUUGCACCUUUCACUCCUAGUCCUUCCUCAAAGCUAAGGUCUGUGCCUAAAAGUGGUGGUGGUGUGUACAUAUGUUUUUCAUUCAUUUGCAAUGUUUUCAUUCCUAAAAAUAUUUUUAAUAUAUUUAAAAUGGACUAAUCUAAAAUGGAUGCAGUAUACUGCAGAGAAGUAAACUGUGGUUUUUUUAUGCUGACAUUUGGAUAGCCUGAUGAACUGGUAUAUAGAUGGGCAGCAUGUGUUUCUGCAUGGGGUUUUGGAGGUCGUUUCCUUGCAAUAAGAGGAAAUGGUUUUUGGAAUGGUUCAUGAUGACUGCUGCUCUUGGUAGAAGACAACGAAGCUUGAGAAAUUAAAGAGAAUAGGUUGUGUUCCUUCCUACUUCAGGGCACUUGAAAACUAGGAGGAUGUUAUUUUUUAUUUAUAAGACUGAGGAUUAUAGAAACAUUUUAUCUCUGGAGCAAAGGUGAAAUAUGGCAAGGAUACAUUUGUUUCACAGAAAUCAGAUUUUUGUAUUAUCACUUGCAGGAAAUUUGUACGGCUAUUUUGAAUUGGGAUCAGAAGUUGGUGUGCUAAUGAUUUCCAUGCUAGGGCACAGAGUCUUGUUUACUGCUGUUUGAUUUUGAAAGCUGGGCUUUACGGUGUGGUUAUAGUGAGGAAUUCAGUAUCUUACAUUUUAUUUCCUAUUGAGUCGUGUUCACGUCAGUAGUGAUUUCGACUGACUUCUGUUCUUGGUAAAGAUGGGCUGGUAGAACACUGUACCUCACUUCUUGAUUUCACUGUUGUUUAUGAUGGGUGGGAUGCAACUUGUAGUUAUUUAAAGGUUAUUUAAAAGUAAUGAAAUGAGAGAGGUAGAAAUAGAAAUGAGGCCUCCUGCCCUUCAGAAAAAGAUUUUGUACAACCAGUAUUAUAACUAAGUACAGUACUUUCCACGCUGCAACUUCAUGGACCUCAGACGCCAAUCUGCCCUCGGUUGUGUUAGCAUCAACCUUUGUCAUUGUUGUUGAAUCUCCUUAGAUCUGCUGAAAUACAAUCCUGAACUCACACAAGAGUUACAUUCAACUAAAGGUUCCUUUAGUUUUUCCUUUUCUCAAGGUUCUCCUUGACGAGGCUUUCUGAAACUUGCUUUUGCUCAGUCCUUCCACAGUGCUGAUGUGUAGUGGGAAUUACUCCGGUUCUGAGAAAAGGGGUGGGGGAAAAAAAAGGCAACAAGAGAGGGCAGCAAUCAAUCUGUUGGCCAUUAUUUAUUUAUUUUUUAUUUUUUACAAUGCUGAAGUGCUGCAAAACUUGAACUGUAGACAUCGAUUUUCUGACCUCUAUUAGAUGGCAUAUUAAAAAAGUUUAUAUAUUUAUGCAUUGCGGUGAACUUGAUAUGUGUGUAUAUAUAGUCUUUAGGUUUUAAAUUUAUAUAUAAUGCUUUACUACAGAAAUGUGAACCACUAUUUCCAUCUUCAGCCAUCAUGUGAAAUAAAUCAAGUGCUGUUGGCUUAUCUAUAAAAUCUCCCCUCUUCAAAAAUUUCGUGUUAAUUUUGUUUCUUAGGCAAAGUGCUGAGAUCCUGUAUUCAAAAGUGAUUGAAUGUUUCUAAGUAUUUGGACUUGGUUUUCUAAGUGCUUAGAAAACUCUCAGAAACUGUAUGUAGACUUUUACAGGCUGCUAUCUCCUGAGUCCCUGUAGCUCCCCAGUACACUUGAGGGCAUUUAGUGUCCAGAAGGCCUAAGUAAUAAAUGCACAUAACGAAUCCAAAUCAUAUAUACAUUAGCAGUGUUUUGUGGUUAAAGUUAUUGAACAAAUGUUUACAGUUGAAGUAGGAUUAACAGUAGGUAUUCUUACUUUUUUUUGUAAAGGUAAAUAAAGCGAGCAGUUCUGCUCUAACCGAGCUGUAUUGCAAAUGUGCUCAGCUAGAUUUGACCGAGAAGCUUAAGUCUCUUCACCUGAAACAGUUAACUUUAUUUCCUAGCAUGUGGCUGGAGGUCAGGGACCAACCCUGUGCCAACACCUGCGCCUUGAGUUUCAGGUACGUUCUCAAGGCAAAAAUGUAGGCGCUCCUGAGAUCUCAAAAUUGUCUUUGUUGGCCUUGCCUGGAAAUGUUUGCGUGUUGUGGUUUUGUGUUACGUUAGUGAGCGGUUCCUGGAGAGCUGCUGGGCACAGAGGAAGGUGGGAAGUGUCAGUUGGUGUCAGUUGGUGUCAGUUGGCAUGCUCAGUGACCGGUGCCUCUCUGGGAAUGUGAAAUUGUGCCCCUGGUUGGAGCUGGGCCUGGAAAACAGGGCCCUGCUUUCCUAAAGAGAGCCCUGCUGUACCGCUGAUGGUGUGCGAGGUGGAUGGCUGGUCUCUGUGCAAGGUGGAAGAGAUGUUUGGCUUGAUAGGGAGGAUUUGAUUCCAGAAGUACUGACUGGAAGGCACUGACCAGCUUCCUGAGCCACAGGGUUGAACUGGGUUCAUUUGUAGGUGCUGCCACCCAGCCCCCUGUGCUGCCCUGGCACCAGCCUCCCCUGCACAGGAUGGCCAAGCCACACCUGAGGCAGCUCCUGCAUUUUCUCAGCUUGCAAUCCAGGAGUUUUCCAAUGAUUUGGCAGUUUAGUAACUAUUUAAGUUGUCCUUGCUUGGCAUGGUGCUCUUGAUAGCCAGUCCAGCUCAAUUCCUUCCAGCUUGAAUCAGCCUUCAUAAAUCCGCACGGUUGCCCCACAGGUAACUCGUUGAGCCGUCCUCUCAGUGAGCUGCCAGGGCACUGUGCUGCUUUCUGGGGAUCAUGGCAGCAGGCAGCCGUAGUGCUGAGGUUCUUGGGGCCAGGAUGUUCAUCCCUGUGCCCCCUGACACUGUGUUCACCACUGCAGGUUUGGGGUGGCCGUAUCCUGGACUGAGCCCAGCAUGGUCCCGCACAGCGGCUGGGCCACACGGCAGGGGUGGCUUUUUCCCCUUCACUGUGAUAGGGAUGGACAAACUGGUAAUUGUAACAGAAAGCCACCAGUGAUGGAGUGGAGGCUGCAGAAGACAGGAGCCAUGGUGGUGUUUCUUUUCCCCCCUCACUCCACAUCCUACCACAGUCCCCCUCCCAAAAAGAAAAGACUUUUAUUCUUUUUCCUGGGUAUGAGAGAUUGUUUUUGGGUAACAGAACUCCUGGCCUGGUUCCUGUUGCUCACCUGUCCUGCGUGGACUGCUCUCCAGCCCUGGGGUUCCAACUCUCAUCCUCUUCCUAAGCUGGAAAAGGGAUAUCCUGUGUAGGGCCUUGUGCUCUGCGCUGUUCCGGACUGCAGCAAGCAAGGUCUGCACAUCUUUAGAUAAUUCAUCAGCUAUUCCUCAAGUUUUCACUUUUGUGGAAAUGCUAUAUCAGCUCAACUGUUUGGGUCAAGUGGCUUUCAGUAGCUUUGACAGUGCCUCAUCUUUAAAUUAAACUGAAAUUAACGUGAGAUUACACGAUAGGCAAACUUACCAAGCUGGCUCAAUGGUGAGAGCAGACAGGCUUGCAUCUCUUUGGUGUUUGACAGCACAAGACUUGCGUGUCGCAGCGUCUGCUUCUGAGUCAGACUUCUUGCUGAAGGUACAAGUGUUUCCAUCAGAGCUCCCAAGUGCCUGGCUUUCUUACCAACUCUCCUUCCAGAGAACAUCAGGCAGCUUAAUUAAUUUUUUUGUGCAGUAUUUUUUGUGCCUGCGUGACUUGGUAAAUGCAGAAGAACAAGAAGCGAAGGGUUUAGGGAGUGCUUUCCCUGCUUUGGCUGCAGCAUCUCUGGUGAGCUCAGUAACUGCACUGUCUGUACUGCCUGCCUGGGUUUUGGUGAUGCACAUUUGCCAUGCCAAGUGCAGGAUGCAAUAACAAACAGUAGUUGUUACAAGUGCCAAACUUCUGUUUCCUCUGUGUAUAGCAGUAAUUCAACUCUUCUGUUCUGUGUGGAGGUGCUGAAAACUCACUGUGCUCCAGAAAAGAGUAGCGGUUCUUUUUUUUUUUUUUUUUUAAAUGAAUGUUACUUAAAACACUGUAAAUCUUUAGGUUUUUUUUUUUUAAGUACUGUUCUGCAGUUUUGUGUUACUCCUCACAGCUGCCUUCAGCCAUCACUCCGUGUGGUGCAUGCAGACACUGCUCUCUAUUAGAGCACUGAUGCCAUGCAAGUGUAUAAUAAAUGGCAGCUGACAAUAGGUUUUAAUAUUUAAAAUGAUAAAUACUUGGGUAAAGUACAAUUCAGUUGAAUUAAUCUUAUUUGCAGGAGGAAGGUUGUCUCUGGGGCGAUGUGGAUAUGGCAGAGGACACGGGCAUGCUUCAGAUUUUAACCGAGGAGUGAUUUUGUGCUGCUCAGUGACGCUUUCAAAAGACUUUUAUUUGAUGUAGGGCAUGGAUCCUUCCUGUAAUAAGCAUCAAGGUUUUAGGGUUUGUGUUCUCUUUACUCCUUGGAGUAAUUAACCAGCUUUUUCAGAGCGUGGUGUUAAUUAUGUGCAUACUCGUUUUUUGAGGCAGAGGCUACUUAUUCUGUGUUCACUCGGAGUACUUUCCUGCUGAAGGCUGAGCUGGGGCCUGUGCUGCAGUCACUGAUGCUGUAGCCUUUUGAUAUUUGCCAUCUGCUGCUGUUCUUGUUUGCUGUUGGAGCCUUGAGCUGGGCUGGGUGUGUCUGCUUUUCUGUAGCACGUUGCUUUGGCAAGAAAAGGGAGGAGAGAUGUCUGAAGGUGGAGAAGCUGGGCCAGUAAAGCUCACUGGGAGAUAUAAAGUGUAAAAGCCAGUAAGAUGUGGGUGAAGCGCUGCUGUGAAGAUGACAUCUGUGUGCUGUGAAUGUUACUGAUAGGUCAUCUUAUGAUUUGGUUCUCUUUUUUCUUUACGUUUAUUCAAAUGGGAGGGAUUGCAACCAGGCUUCAGAGCAACAACCCCAGUCAGCUUUGUCCUGUGGGAACUGCAGCCUUAUGUUGCUGUGCUCCAGUAACCAGUUUUCUCAAUUCCUUAUUAACAGGUACCCUGAAACAAUGCAUUAAAACCAUUCUAAGUGCCUAAUGAAUUAGAUGAACAUCUGCUAGAAGCUAUUUAUAGUAAUGGGGGUAUUAAACAAUAACCUGCUACCAACAGCUGAUAAUGGUGUAAAUUUGUUAGUGAUACAAAAUUUUUUUUUUAAUAGCUUAUUCAGGAUAGCUGCUCAGUAGUUCCAGAAGUUGUCAUCUGUGUGUCAGACUUGUUUAGGAGAAGCGUUUAAAGGUUAUUUGAAAUAGUGUGCUGAAAGUCUGGAACUUCUCAGUGCAAACAGUUAAACCUUGCUGCUCAGUAUCUGUGCAGGAUUUGCGUGUGGCUGCUGCACGCCUGCCCCAGCACCUCAGUGAAUGAACAUGCUCAAUGCCAUUGCCUACCUGUGCUCUUGAAUGUUUGUAAUGAAAUGAGGCUGUACCGUAGGCCUGUAAAAGCUGAUGGAUUUGAUUACAAUGAUAGGAUAGACAGAAGCAUCCCUGCUGUAAGGAACAUCUAUUAUGUUACUGAUAAAACACAAAUAUGUAUUUUUUUUUUUAACGCUGGGUGCUUCUGAAUCACCACGUAUUGCCCUUUUUUUCUUUGUCUUCCUUUCUUCAUGUCUUGUCAAUUGAUGCUGUGAUGUCCUCUGGUUUUGUCAAGGGCGAGUUUCUUCCAUCUGUGCUCCUAGCCCCAGUCACAACCUGAGGGAUGUUGUUAAGGUGGGCUGUACUGCAGGCUGCCUUUACAGCAUCAUUCCUGCCUGUCUGCAUUGUCAGUGUGCUGCCGCCUGCGUGCAUUUCGGAACAGAAAUCAAAAACACUGUGGAACAAAAUUGCACUUGAUUAAAAAGCAGGAGCCACUUUGGAAAGCCUACAUUUUUGCAUGGGGUAGGCAGUAUGCUGUAAAGACUUAUCACUGUGACUCUUCUUGAAUGUCUCAGCUUAAUGAUCUACAUGCUACAGCUUCAGCCUGGCAGCAUCUGUUCAAUUAAUUUGUGCGUGAAAGUGGGAAAGCGUUCUCAUCUGCCACGUGUUUCACCAUUUCUUAAAAAGCAAAGCCUGUUUCCAUCUUGGAAUAAGUGAAAUGGUGUGCUGCAGGGCAUGGCAGGGUGGUCGUGUUGAACAGACAUUCCCUGAAGCUGUGUGGAAGUUCUGUCCUGGUAGGGAGCCGAAGGGUAACCCUGCAAGUGGUGCUUUCUCAUAAACUCUUUGAGAACAGGUCUUAAAUUACUCCAAAGGACUCUUCAGGAUUGCUCACAGUGGCUGAGAUCUGUUCUAGCUUUUGUUUGCAUGAACAAACACCUCAGCUAAUUUUGAGCGUUUCUUCCUCUCUCUGGCUUCCCAAACCUAAAGUUUUGCUUCUCCCAAUUGAAGCUUUCUGUAUCUAAGGGUUAGAGGUGACACUUUGCAACUUCUGAUAUUCUGUCAGUACCUUAGUUUGAUUGAUUUAAACAGUGAGCUGUGUUCUUGUGGGCAUCUCAGGGUAGUAUAAAUACUGCCUGGUAAGCAGUGAGGAAAGAGAACAAUAAAGUGUCAGUGUUUUUUUUGUUGUGCACAGCAUUAGCUGUACUCAUCCGAUGGGACGAGGCUCUUUGUGGCACAGAGCUGGGGUGAUGCUGCCCAUUGCUGCCUCUGCUGUUGGGAAGCAGGGCUGGGAUGUGUCAGGCCUGGUGCCUGAGAGGCUGUCUGAGGGUCAGCCCAGCCAAAGCCUUGACCCAAAACAUCUGGGUUCCUGUGCAUGCCCUCAGUGCACUACUGCUUUCUGGCCUUGGUUGUUCUGUCUUUCAGUCUUACUAGCAUGGCUUUGAUUUCACCCUUGUCCCAGAUUUCCAUUUGGAUCAAGUGCUUUUGCAGAUGAUCACUCAGAAAUGCUUCGGUGGGUCAGAGAAGGUCUGCACAAACUCAGUGCUGCUGUUGCUGCUUUCUGCACAUCUUGGCGUCCCCUGACAACCUGCUCAGUGCUUGUGGCUAACAGAUGAUAAAACGGCUGCUCAUCAAGCUGGUGCUGUCUGCAGGUUAAUCAUCACCUGAGCUGCCGUGAGCAAUCCUUGAUGUGGGACAUGUGUAUCACGCCAUGUGUACUCUGUUCUUUUGGGCACACGUUUGCCUUUGGUCCAUAGGGGGGAAGCCCCUGUUCCCAGCUACCUCAUUUUAUUGUUUUUCUUCCUGCACUUUGUCAUAUCCUCUUCUUUUCUUACAUUGCAUUUUGUCCUUCAGUGAAAACCUGGACCCAAACACGAAGCAGGGCAGAGUGAUGCCGUUGUCCAAGGACAGUUUACUUUAAUUUCAUUUUAAAUGCAUGUUUCUGUAACGAAAAGACCAAGGUUGACCUGCAGCUGCUGUAAAAGUAAAUAAAAAUUAUGACUUGAAAGUAACUAUUAUACUUGUAAAUGAGAGAAGCAAUUGAAAGACUGACCUGGUGAUUUUUAUAAAGAGAAAACUCAAAAUAGGGAUGUCAGCUGUUUCUAAAGGCGGAUUGGGUUUUUGCUCUGCCUCAGUUCUGUGCUGAUUUGCCUCUGAGCUGGAGCCUCUGUUUUCCUAACAGAUUCACAGUUUGUUCUGUAAUGCGAAAUGUGGGCUUACAUGGAGUUUCCCAUUUACUGAUCUGCAGAGAAAAGCUGCCCAAAUGAACACCAACCUGCCAUACCCGGGGUUGUGUUUUUAUCCAUUUCUUUGGGACCUUCAAGCAUGCGGGUUUUUGCUUAGCUUGAAGAAUUUUAGGGGAAAAAAGCUUCCCUCUCUUCCCUCUUUUUGCCUCUGAAGGUGCUGCUUUAACAUACUUUUGAUUUCGUUAUGCUGUGCUUGGCUCCACAAAGCAACAAUGUAAGCUGAUUUCAGCUUUUGUUUGUGCUUUUAUUGUUUGCGUGUACUCAGUGCUUUCUUAACAAAUAAUCCGUUUUCAUUAGACAGCUUCCUAACAGCAGAAGGCCUUAAUAAUGCAAGGUGUAAUGGGAAAGUGCUGCCUUUCUUUCCUUUCUGUCGAGACAAAAGGAAGGAAUGCUGCACAGGAACUCUUCUGCAGAAAGGUUACGUGGCAGCUCAUCCUAACAUUGAGGUGAAUGUAGCAAGUGUUGUACUGGGCACGCACAAAUAGGCUGAAAGAAGGGGCUGCUGGUGCUUGUGCUGACUGUACCAAGCAGGAGGCUCUGGAAUUAGCAGCUUGGCACUGUGGUGGCUGUUCAGUGAAUUACAGCGUCCGCGCUGCCCUCGUGUCAUGGGAGGAUGGAAAGGCUUUUGGGCUGUGUUAGCUGAGAUCCAAGGAGUUCUUAGUGCACUGAAAUCUGAAAGCUUGGAGGCUCUGGAACCUUUUCUGCAGGGUGGAUGAGUACAGAUCUCAGUAGCCUGGGAAUGCCUGACUCCCGGUUUUUUUCUUUUUCUUUAAUUAAAUAAACAAACGUGUAAUCACUUCCCUCUUUGUAUACUUAGCAUUUAAUGGCCUGAAGCAGCAGCCUUGACAGUUGGAGAUUUUUCUUUUGAAGGCGAAAUUAAAACAAAGUACCAUUAUUCAGAUGAGUGCUCUGCCUUCAGAGUUUUGCCUCUGUAUGUUGCUUUAUUGAGUCCUAGGAAUCUUGCAGGAUUGGACUAACAAAUUAAAAUGCACAGGCGAAUGCUGACUAAUGUAUUCAGUAUAAUUUUGUACUAUGAAAAUAUUUUUAUUUUAGCAUAGGAGAAUGAAAUAACCGCCUUGAUUAACAGCUAAUGAUACCUGUGUUCCAUGAGCCAGGCAAUAGGAGGACGAUGGGGUGUCAUGCCGUUCCAAGCACUCUGCUGCUGCUGGUGAAGGCUCAGCCUUCUGUCAGAUGUAAGAUAUUAGCGACUGCCAGGAUAUGGUCAGAAUUUAUUGUUGCCUUUUCUACAGAAAUGUCUGUGUGUUGUGGUAGAAGCUCUCACUUCGUUGGUUGCCAUUGCUGGCAUGCAGUGGGACAGCUCGAUUUACUGCCGUCAUCCAGCUGUCACGCUUUGACUACUGUGCGAUGGAUGUUUGCUAUUACAGGCUUUCUAUAUGCAUGUGUUCUCUGUGUCUUUCUGUCCUGUGUGGGAAUGAGCUUUUGCUUUUUUUGUUGUUUGUUUUUUGACGUGCCUAUCCCCAAAUCUUUGCGUUACCUCAAAAACAAACCCAGUCAUUGCUGAGGGCCAGGCCUUGGGACGCUCUGACCUGAGCGUGCAGUGUCUCUUCUGUGAAAAAGUGGGGAAAAAUAAGAAGUGCUCUUUGGCUUCAGUCAAACUAUGCAACAUAGAGCCCCAGAGAGCGGGAUUCCUGCUGGUACAGAAGAAGCACGGCUCUUGUGUCCUUCCUAACCCAGUCCUUGGUCCAAGGUUAGAAGAACUUGUACUAAAUGGCUGCCCAAGAAUUCUUUGUCGCAAUCAACUUGUGUGCUCUGGUUUUCCUCCUUCGCCCCUGCCUCUCUCUGUCUGGUUUGCUGGAUGUUCUGAGUCUGAAUGGCGUGGUGUCACAGUGUACCCCCCUGUCAGUCUCGUGUUGUUGCAGUUGGAGCUUGUCUUGUAAAUCCACCAGUGCAGCUCACCCACUGGGUCAGUUGGGGCCACUUCACAGUGUUUGCAUCUCUUUGCCGUAGGAUUUUUGGUGUGCUGCACACUCCAGGUAGGUCUGACUUGCUCACGUCCCCCAUGUUGUCCUGUUGUGGUGCUGGUGCUUACAGUGACAAAUACCUGUCAUGUCUCAAAUCCAGUUCUUUUGUUUCCACUGCUUGUGCAUGUAUGUGCACGUUUGAUUUUGCUGCUUCCAUCACCGUUCAGGGAUAAAUGCUCAUGUGGUCAGCACUGUUGAAAAUCCUUUGUUCCCCCAUUGCAUCCGUUUUCCAGUGCAGGUUGUUCCUUGUGUUCCUCUUCUUGCCCCUGUUCAAUCUGUGUGCUGUUCCCCUGGUCCUGCAUCCCACGAGUCGCUCGUCUCUGUCAUGUCCUCUCACCUCUACAUGCCUCCUUCUGAGCAGUUCACUUACACGUGGCAUUUACUCACCCCGUGGUACCUCGUACUGCGUCUCCUUCCUAACUCCACUUACUGUUUUGUCUCUUUAAUUCAGGUUGACCUUUAUUUAUUUUCCCUAAUUUCCAUCUCUUCCGUAACUUGGGAAACAGCAAAUCUCCCUUCAGACAUCUGUGUAUAUUCCCUCCCUAGCACAUAUGGUGUGAGGGGUCCAGAACCUCUCCGUCCCUAACCCCAGGCUCUUCAUAGCACUAGGAAGUACCAAGUCUGAAGGUGGUGUUUUAUUUCUUUGGGUAAUUGAGAAUAUGUGGCGAUUUUCUUCUUUGGAAGCAGCCAACGCAGUGAGCAGUUGGUCUGCGAGAAGUUCGUUGUGCUUCCAUACUCAGUAUUCUUAAUUGAGAAACAAAUUAUUUAUUUCGGGGAAAAACUGUAAAUUUUUUUGUAUUUGUAUGUCAAAGUGGCCUUUAUAGGAAAAGCACAUAAAAUAUUUAGAUUAAAAUUGUUUAGUUGUGUAAUUUUAGUGGGGAUUUUUAUAUUGACAGGGUUUCUAUGCAUUUUUCAAAAUCUAUUUGCUGUUCUGUGUUAAAAUUAUUGGAAAUGUUUUUAAAACGUGCAUUACCACAUUUUCCAUGGUUGAUCCCUUUGCAACCAUUCCUUUUAAAUACUGCAGAAACUUUAAUUAACCCUGUGAAUUAAUUUUUGCCCCUUAACUAUUUGCAUUAAGUCAAUGUAAGGAGUUACAGCAUGAGUAUGUAGCUGUAAGGGAAUAAUCCCAGUAAUGUAGCUUAAUUGUGGAGAGACUUUUUGGAGAAGGGCAGUAUGCAGUGUUUCAAUUGCACUUAAAAGGCUAAGUUAGCAAAUCGAGUUCUUGCUGUACCUCACUCAUGCUUUUUUAAUAUUAUUUUUCCAUCCUAUAGUGUUUACAUAAGCAUUAUUAAAUAUGUGCUAUUUUAUGCAGUAUGCAAUUCUCCUUCAUUUUGUUGGGAUAAAACUGAUGUUACCAGAUAGGAACAAGUUCUGAAUGUGUUUGUGUGGUAUCCUAAUGGAUCUGGUGGGAGCUUGGGGGAGGGAGAAGACCAAAACAGGUCUGUCGGUCUGUGUUUUCCAUUUGGACAUGUGCACAUUUUCACUGAGGCUGAAAUAAUGAAGCUUACGAUGGGAUUGCAAGUAAUGUUUGUGCAUUGGGGGGGGAGGAUAGGGGACAACCGAGGGGCAGAAAUACCUGUUGAGUUGUGCUGUGCCGCGUGUGCAAUGGCCUCGCUGCCUAUGCAGCUCUGGCCUGAGCUGGGUAUGUCAGACCCUCCCGUUUGUGCUCUGAUUUUACUUUCUUUUCUCAAGGUGUGAUUGUAAGGUUUGCUAAGUCAACUUCCUGGGGAUGGUUGUCGUCUGAUGCCUCCAUUCCGUCAUUCUCAGUAUGUGUUUUGAUUUGUGCUCAGUGCAGUUUAAUGAGAGAUGCCACAUCGCUCAUAGGUGAGCAUAAGUGCAAGCUUCUGGGCAAACAAACACUGCAUGCUAUUAUGUUUUCAUAAUUGGAAAAAAAAUGUGCAAUUUUGAUGGCACUUUGACCUGUUGCUGAAACACUGGGUCUUGAAAUGGAACAGACUCAGCAAUUGAAAACACUCUGUGUCUGUUAGAUGUCAUGAAAAUGAAAAAAAAGGCAGUUCCUCAAGUUGUACCCACAGAUCAUUCGGUAUUGAUUUUGGUUUUUAAGAGACUUAUGAUUUGUUCUUACAAAAAGCAAACACAAUAAACAUGCUUAUUGGUUUACUUUAGUUGCCAUAAAUUGCCCAGUGCAGAGUCUGGCCCACCUCCACCCGUUUGUUUUCAUGGAGCGGUGGCACGUAAAGCUGUAACAGAAGCAGAAAGCUGUUUGCUUACACACCCGUAACACGACUUGCAGAACGGCUUUGUGGCUCAAACACACAAAAAGGGACGUGAGAAUUUCCCUGGAUGAAGUAGCGCUCGCUUUGUUUACGUGUUCAGUAUGAUGUUGGGUGACUAAAGGGAGGUUCCCUUCUUAAAGUGUUUGAAUUGUGCUUUGGAGACUUAGUGGCCACUGUGCAAAUUGUGCUGUAAUAUUGUACCAAGGAUCAGUGGAAGUGUUUUAUCUUUUUUAAUGUCGUUUGUAUUUGACCGGGUUUUAUAAAUGUAAGAAAACAGAGUGCUGUAUUUUGAUCUGAAAUUUGCGUAUGGUAAAGUAACUUUGCUUUAUGUAUUGGAGGUUUGUUCAGAACUUGAAUUAUUUUCUAGAAGGGUACAGACCAAAAUUAAUUGUCUUA